AUGGAUCGCGGCAAAGCCUCCCCCAUUCUGGCUCCCCGGAGAGAUGCGUCCAGCCGAGUGGAGAAACCCCAGAGUGCGGCAGAGAAAUUGGCGUCGCUGAAGGCCAGAGUCGCAGCAGCAGUCGGCAGCAGCAAAGCGAAGGCAGGGGUCGGUUUAUCCUCUCUUCCUACUACUACGGUGGCUCGAGGUGGUUUGAAUGUCGAUCUACAUCCCGCCCUCCAGGACCUCGGACAGUAUAAACCCUCGAAGAAUAUUGCGCCGAAAUUCGCGACCAGCUUGGGGAACUCCCGUCCGAAAGCUGAGAAGCCUGCUCCCAAAAAGCAGCUGGAUCUGUCUGGGCCCUCGGCGGAGGAGACGCGCAACAAUCCGUAUUUCGAUAUCAGUCUUGGGGGGCAGACAGCGACUUUGAAGAGCAGGCACUCGAGACAGUUGGUCUUUAAUCAGAAGGGAAAAUACAUACAACAAGCAAAUGCUCUACGGAAACAGGCUGCUCUCGAGGCGCUGAAGAAGCGGAUCGCAGAGAACUCGAGAAAGAUUGGCAUAGACGAAGACCUAGACACAGAGAAGAAUUACCUAGUCCAAGCGCCUCCAAGCAUCGAGUGGUGGGACGAAGGGUUAGUAAACGGGGAGAAUUACGACAAAAUCGAUAGCCCGAAUGGUCUCAAGAUUGAUACGGUGGACUCCAUCAUCACGGAAUAUAUUCAACAUCCUGUCCUGCUGGAACCGCCACAAGAAAAGAACAUGCCGGCUCCCAAGCCCCAGUUCCUCACCCCUAAAGAACAGGCCAAACUACGACGUCAAAGGAGAAUGGCAGAGUUGAAGGAGCAGCAGGCCAAGAUCCGCCUCGGUCUGGAGCCCGCGCCCCCACCAAAAGUCAAGAAAGGGAAUCUCAUGCGCGUACUGGGCGAGGAAGCCGUGAAGGAUCCAACGGCAGUCGAGGCCCGAGUCAACCGAGAAAUCGACGCCAGGCUCCAAACACACUUGGAGAUGAACGAGGAGCGCAAGCUCACGAAAGAGCAGCGCCACGAGAAACUCGCCAAGAACCAGGAGAACGACGCCUCCAAGGGCAUCCACCUCAUGGUCUUCAAAAUCGACAACCUGGCCAACGGCAGCCACCGCUACAAGAUCGGCAUCAACGCCGACCAGAUGGCCCUCACCGGCAUCUGCGUCAUGCACCCGCGCUUCAACCUCGUCAUCGUCGAGGGCGGCGAGCACAGUAUCAAAAAGUACCGCAAGCUCAUGAUGCAGCGCAUCGACUGGACCGAGAACUCGCCGACGCGAGCCAAGGAGGGCGGCAAGGCGGAAGAGCUGCAGGACUGGCUGAAGGCGGAGGACGAGAAGGGGGAGCUGAAGGACCUGAAGCUGAACAAGUGCGUCUUGAUCUUCGAGGGCGAGACCAAGAGCAGGGCCUUCCGGAAUUUCAAGAGUAAGCCGUGUGAGACGGAUAGUGCUGCUCGGGAGGCCCUGGGACGGGCGAAGAUGGAGAACUUUUGGGCCCAGGCGAAGAGCAUCAAGUAG